GUAUAAUUCAGUUUACAGGAAUGCGCAGUAAUUGUGGGAUAUCAUGUAUUGAAAGAAAACCUACCAUGAUGGAUUUCAACUUCAUUUUUUUACGACAUGCCGAUUGGAAUUGAUAUGUUGUAGCGGACCAAGGAUGACAAAGACAACGGGAUACCGAGACUGGAGAUGGCAGGCGCUUUGGUGGCAUUAUUUCUUCCUCCUGUGGAGUACAAUAAACGGACAGACUCGAUACAGCAUCCCGGAAGAACUGAAACAGGGCUCUGUGGUAGGAAAUCUAGCCAAAGAUCUGGGUUUGGGACUAUCGGAGAUAUUUGAUCGUAAACUGCGAGUCUCUUCUGAGGCGGGUAAGCAGUAUUUCAGUGUCGAUGCGGGGAAGGGCGAGCUGGUGGUGAAUGACAGAAUAGACAGAGAGACUCUAUGUGAACAAAGCGUCAGCUGUGUGUUACCUCUGCAGGUCGUAAUUGACGACCCGUUACAACUGUUUCGCGUUGAGGUAGAAAUACUAGACAUUAAUGAUAAUGCCCCUAGAUUUCCAUCAAAUUAUAUCACAUUAGAGGUUGCGGAAUCUAUGGGUUUAGGAGUUCGUUUUCCUUUAGAAGGCGCCAUAGACCCGGAUGUCGGCAGUAAUUCAUUGAAGUCAUACACUCUCGGUAAAGACGAAUGUUUCAAUAUUAGAGUUAAAGAACUUGCUGGUGGAAGGAAAGUCCCGGAAUUGAUUUUAGCUAAAAAUUUGGAUCGAGAAAAAAAGGCUGUUCAUAACCUUUUGUUAACAGCUCUAGAUGGAGCAAACCCAGUGAAAUCGGGGACCGCUCAGCUGUCUAUUAGAGUCCUUGACAAUAACGAUAACGUUCCCGUUUUUGAGAAAACGUUGUAUAAAGUAUCCAUUAGCGAAAAUGCUGCGGAUGGUGCGUUAAUAGUACAAACGAAAGCGACAGACGUGGACGAGGGUCAAAACGGUGAGAUAGAAUACUCAUUUGGAGCGCACACAUUAGAUACAGUGCUUUCUGUCUUUGAUAUUGACCAUAUAUCGGGGACAAUAUUUCUUAAAGGAAAAUUAGAUUUCGAAAAUACUCCAAAUUAUGAAUUAGACAUCAGUGCAAAAGAUAAAGGCAGUCCGAGGAUGGAGGGGCAUUGUACUGUCCAUGUUGAAGUUUUAGAUGUUAACGACAAUGCACCAGAAAUAAUACUCACCUCUCAUCCAAAGCCACUGCGAGAAGACUCGCCGAAUGGCACCGUUGUAGCGUUGCUCAGUGCCAGAGAUCUUGACUCUGGUUUUAAUGGAAAAGUAACACUACAGCUCCCCAAAAAUUAUCCGUUCAGUUUAAAAGCAUCAUUUUCUAAUAAUUACGCCCUAGUUACAAGUGGUGUUUUGAAUAGAGAAAAUAUCUCGGAAUAUAAUAUUGAGAUAACAGCCCUUGACUCAGGUUCUCCUCCUCUAUCCAGUAAAAAAAUCAUACCUGUCAGCAUCACUGAUGUGAACGAUAACCCCCCUAAAUUCACUCAGCCCUCCUAUAAUGUAUAUUUAAAAGAGAAUGGGGUACCAGGCUCUAUCCUGUACUCGGUAUCAGCAUCUGAUGUGGACUUUGGUGAAAACGCCAAAAUCUCUUACUCUAUACUGGACUCCAGAGUGCAGGACGUUUCUGUCUCAUCGUAUGUUUACAUCAAUUCAGAUAACGGCAGCAUCUACAGCAUGCACUCGUUUGACUAUGAGAAACUGAAGGUGCUCCAGAUUCAGGUUCAGGCAAAGGAUCAGGGCUCUCCGUCUCUCAGCAGCAACGCCACCGUCCAUGUUUUUAUCCUGGACCAGAACGACAACGUCCCCGCGGUUAUUUACCCCUCCUCCGCUGCCCCGGGCUCCCUCUCUCAUCAGAGGAUGCCCCGCUCCGCUAAAGCGGGUCACCUGGUUACCAAGGUGACGGCCGUGGACGCUGACUCGGGCCACAACGCCUGGAUCUCCUACAAACUGGCGGAAGCCACAGACGCCUCUCUGUUCGCUGUCAAUAUGUACACAGGGGAGGUGAGGACCAAACGCGCCGUGUCCGAGCAGGACGACUCCUCUCAGAGGCUGCUUAUAGAGAUCAAGGACGACGGAGAACCGGUCCAGUCCGCCACCGCUACGGUGUCCAUCCUGCUGGAGGACGGCCUACAUGAGCCCAUAUUAGACCUCCGACAUAAACUGCACGAGCCCAGCAAGAAAACUGGGAGAAUAACUCUUUAUUUGAUUCUCUCUCUGGCCUCGGUGUCCGUGCUGUCUCUGCUGACUUUUCUCAUCUUAGCGGUUAAAUGCGUGAGGAACAGCAGAAGCAGCGGUAGUUGCUGCAUGGGAAGGACUGACUGUGAUGAUUACAAGAACCCCAACAGAAACCUGCAGAUUCAGCUCAACACUGAUGGACCUAUAAAGUACGUGGAGGUCCUGGGAGGAGACAUGUUGUCUCAGAGUCAGUCCUUCAGGUCCUGCAUGUCUCCAAUGUCUCCAAUGUCAGAGUACAGUGAUUUCACUAUGAUCAAACCCAGUAGCACCACUGACUUUAACGAGGUGAUCAGUGUUCUGGAUGCGUCUCUACCCGACAGCACCUGGACCUUUGAGAGCCAGCAGGUGAGCAAAACAACCACAUAAUACUCAAGGAAACAAUAAUAGUUUUGUUUUAAUACUUUUC